GAAAAAGGCUCGCAGUGUUCGCAACUAGGCAGGUGGUUACUUCCUGCCCGGGCCUGAAUGCCACAUUCGCUUUGUCCUCGUGGAAGAGCGGAAAUGCUGCAUUGGGACACCCAUCCAAACGCUCAGCUUCAGAAUAUUGCUGAUGUGCCAACAUGCAUCUGUGCCUCUGCCAUGGCAGGAGAAAACUUCACAGAACGUCAUCACGAAGUCCUGAGUCAAGCCUAAGGCUAGCCUUGCUGUAGUCAGAAAAGCUUCUUUUUGAUCGUCAGCAACCAAGAAGUGAUGCUGAGUGUCGUGGGAGGCUCGGGACCGGAUCGGCUCUCCACUUACCGCCACUAAAUCCUCACCUUGGCUCACCGAAAUUUACCCAUGUUGUCCCGGUCUGGCUGCUCCCUCACCGAGCCUCCCCCACCUUGUCUUACCCCACUGUCGCCUAGUAGCAAGUGAUUGUUAUCCACCAAACCACACGUCAAGUUACAGAUAGCUCUUUGAAUCCAUCCCUCAUUGUUUAAUAGGUGUGUCUGGGUGUGUAUUAGCUACACACAGCUUCGAAAUGUCCGAGUCAAGUCCUCUGACGGCUUUCUUUGGCCAGAUGAAAAACUUGGGUGGCAUCGUUGUCCAAGAACAACCAAAGCUCGACCUCGAUCUCUAUAUCCAAAAUUACGCCGGCCGAACAAGAAUCGAUCGCCUCAUCCAAAUCGGAAAGUCCUCCGUACCACUUUGUAUCGACGCGCUGAAGGCUGCUAUCGCCGAGAUCAAGAAAGGCUCAGAUGUUGCCCUAUACGUCGAAGCUUGGGGCUGCAUUCGCGUUGCCGCUCCUGACGACCCCGAUGCCCAAAAAGAUCAAGCAUGGAUCGAUAGAGUCGAGCGCGAGAACAAGAUGGAAGCUGCACGGCUCGAAACCCAGCUUAAGCAGUACCGACACAAUUUGAUCAAAGAGAGCAUCCGAAUGGGAAACGAAGAUUUGGGUUUGCAUUUCGAAAAAACCGGAUAUUUAGAGGCAGCAGCCGAGGCGUACAACCGCAUGCGCCAGGACGUAACCACCACCAAACACAUUAUCGAUUGCGGCAUCCACCUCGUGAAUGUCUAUAUCGCUAGACGGGACUGGACCAUGGUUCUUAACAAUCUGGGUAAGAUCGUCGGUGUUCAGAGUGGUGAGGAGGAACGUACAUAUCAGCCAUACACAAAACUUGUCUCUGGUAUUGCGCUCCUUGGUCUUAAGCACUACAAGGAUGCAGCCAACAACUUCCUCCAAGUUGACUUCACCCUACCGCCUGCGCAAUACAACCACAUCGCUAGCCCAAACGACAUUGCCGUUUACGGAGGUCUCCUUGCCCUGGCCACUAUGGAUAGACAGGAGCUUCAAACUCGAGUCUUGGACAACCAGUCGUUCCGUUCGUUCCUAGAACACGAGUCGCACGUUCGCAAGGCCAUCAGUCUUUUUGUCAAUGGCAGAUACUCAAACUGCCUCGCUAUUCUCGAGUCCAUUCGAAACGACUGUCUCCUGGACAUCUACCUACAGCGCCACGUCUCAUCGCUCUACUCACAGAUCCGAAGAAAAUGCAUUGUCCAGUACUUCAUACCAUUCUCGUGUGUCACCCUCGAGAGCUUGAACCAAGCAUUUGCGCAAGACGGAGAGUCAGUCGAGAUGGAGCUCGUAUCUAUGAUUCGCGAGGGAAUACUCAAGGCCCGUCUAGAUAUCAAGGAACAGUUGCUCAUUGCAGACCAACCCAACCCGAGACUUGAGAUGCAGAAGCAGGCACUUGAGGUCGCUACCCAGUACGAGGAGGAAGCCAAGGAGAGACUCCGUCGCAUCAGCCUCAUUGCCGCUGGUCUUGAGGUUGCAGGAAGGGCAAAAGGACCUGGCCUUGGUGGUCGUGGAAUAGAUGAACAGUGGUACGGUGAGAGCAAGGCACCGGGACAGCCAGGCGCCGUCGAGGCCUAGAAAUUUCGGUGCACAAUGGUAAAAAAUUGUCCACCUGGGCCCUUUUCGACUGACCGACGAGGAAGCUGGGCGAGCUGGGUAUCACAAUCUGGACCAAUGGACUGCAUAUAGCAUUACGGCCUAGGCGUUAGGAAUUCCUGAUCAUGGUUAUCCACUUACGGGUAUGGAACUACACUGCGGCAGAUUAGAUGAGGCGUCAGGAGCAUACUUCGAAAUAAAUCAUUCCGCCUAACGUUGUUCUUGUGCAUAUUUUUCAAUGAUUCUUGUUCAAGGGGGGUAUCAUUAUUAAGUUCGAGCCCUUGCCUCCAGCUACAUACUAUUCUUCAGCCCAUCAACUGUCGCAAGUCUGUGGGCGGCCAUCGAACUUGCGCAAAAGUCAGGCAGCGUUUGAUGCUCUGAAGAUAUUUGCGCGUAACCUCAUCUCCCAUUACAUGGCCCUUCUCUCCAUCGUGUAGCUUCUCACGAGCGCUACGCUCGUGGAUGCCUACCAUGGUAACACCGAUGGGCCACGCUGCCUUGCCGAUACUCAGUCGUAGAUAUCCGUCAUUGGCGUCCACGUAACGACGCUCCUGGAGAGCUUGAACGAUUUCCGUAACAGGCUUAAGA